GACGAGGAAGCCGUCGUUUUGAGGGUUUUUAUUUCUUCACACACCGUUCCUUUCAAUCUCCUGAGAUCUUCUUCAAAGGCCUCCCUUUUCUCGAUCCGUCGUCGUUUUGAUUCAUUCAAAGUCCAUCUCUGUUCCGCGCUGUUUUCAGGUGAGUGUUGAUGCUUAUGGACGUUAUUACAAAUCCUGGUCCACUUAAGGACAUUGUUCUUUAUGAUCAAGAGAAACAUGUUUCCUCUGCUGUCUGGGAUGGCCAGGAGCGAGGUGCGUUGAGGUGUCAUGAGCACACUUCAAAGCUGAGUGAGUGGAAGCUCAACUCAAAGCAGAUUGAGUUAGUGGAUAGAGCCGGUUUUGGGUAUUUGAGACGUAUCCCUGCCAUUAGUCUUGACAACCCUCUCAUCUCUUCCUUGGUGGAGCGAUGGAGGAGAGAGACCAACACUUUCCACUUCACAGUUGGUGAAAUGACUGUUACCCUCGAGGACAUUGCCCUCUUACUCGGGUUAGCGAUUGACGGUAAGCCUGUGAUUGGAUUCACAUAUACGAGUUGUUCUUCGGUUUGUGAGAGGUACUUAGGACGGGGCCCUGAUUCUCAUUACGCUAGCGGUGGGAUGGUGAAGCUUAGCUGGUUGAAAGAAAAUUUCUCCUCCUGCCCUGAAGACGCUUCUUUUGAAGAAGUUGAGAGGCGUACAAGGGCUUACCUUUUGUACUUGGUGGGGAGUACCAUCUUCUCUACAACCACUGGGAACAAGGUCCCUGUUAUGUAUCUCCCUCUCUUUGAGGAUUUUGAUGACGCUGGAACUUUUGCGUGGGGUGCUGCUGCUUUGGCUUUCUUGUAUAGAGCACUUGGGAAUGCUUCUGUUAAAUCUCAAAGCACUAUAUGUGGUUGCUUGACACUAUUACAGUGUUGGAGUUAUUAUCACUUAAACGUUGGCCGGCCAAAGCUGAACCGUGAGCCAGUCCAUGAUCAUUUCCCAUUUGUGCUUAGGUGGAAGGGAAAACAAAACGGUCCAACAGCAAACCGUGAUGUGGUCUUUUAUAGGAAAGCACUGGACGCCUUGAAGCCAUCUGAUGUGGAGUGGCUACCGUAUGAACACAUGGAUGGUAGAUAUAUACCAGAACACAUUAGGAACUCUCUGCAGUUAGGUAGAUCAAGAACAAUGCUGGUAUCUUUUGACAAGGCGGAGAGACACCUUCCUGAUCGCUGUCUGAAACAGUUUGGUUUAGUUCAAGGAAUCCCAGAGGAUGUGCCGAAGUGGGUAAGGAAGUCCCGUGGAGUGGAUGGAGGUUUCGACCUUUCGACUAAAAUGGACACAGAGCUAAACGAAUGGAUGUUGCGUUGGGACAAUAUCGUGCCUGAUGAUGUUCUUGGUGUUGAUGAAGCAGACUACAUGAGGUGGUAUCUAGGAAUCACCCGUAAAGUUGUCGGAAGGCCAAUCUCUCUCUCAAGCGAGUUUCAAAGAACGAUUACAAAUGUUAGGGAUAUAUUGGAGUUGGCUGAGAAUUUUCCAACACAUGAUUUGGACCAUGAAAGAAGGAACAUGAUGGAAAGGAUUAUCAGCCUUGCGCAAGAUAGUCUGAGAGAUCAAGUGGGAGUAACGCCAACGGAAAGCCAGCUGCAGAUCGAACAUGGGAAAAGGAUGCGAGGCAAAGAAAGGGUGAGAAGGAAAGGGAUGGGAAAGAGAAGGAAAGGUAUUGAUCCAAUGGAAGACUAUGGAGGUAGUGAGGAUGAAUCACAAUUUGGACCUGUGCUUGGGGUUGAUCAGUUGCAUUUACCACUGACCCAUCACGGGAACUCGGUGUACGAUGGAACACAUAUGUACGAUCCUGUCACCAAAGUCGAUGACAUGGAGCUUUGCGACGAGAUACCUCAGUUUCCUGAAGCUCAAGACAUGAACAAGAUUGAUGGGUCGUCGCUGGAUGAUGCAAACAAGUCUUUUGAGGUUGGUACAAGCAAUGCAAUGACUGGUGAGGAGAGCCUAGGGGAACUGCCUGAGAGCUAUGAUGUGAAGAGAGAAGAUAGAGAAUCAAAGGUAGAAGACAAUGAUGCAGCAAAGGAAAAUAGUGAUGUGAGUGGUGAAGAAAACGUGAACAGAGAGUUAGACAUGGGAGAAAAUGUUGCAGAAUCGUCUUCACUUGGAAGAAGAGGAGAGAACUCUGUUGUGGCUUGACAAAGGAAGGCUGCAGAUGAAGUUUAGUUUUUCUGUUUUAUUUUGUUUAUUUAAAACCUCUUUUGGUCCGUUUUGUUGAAGUACUCUCUCUUUUUGUUAGAAGUAUGUUAAUUUUUCUGUAAAAGAGGUUGCAGAAGAAAAAUAAAAUAAGCAUGAAACAGAUUAGAUGACA